UCCGGCCGGAAACGGGCGCUUGUUUCCGGCCGGACGGCCGAAAGCCACCGAUCCUGAACCAGCCGCUGGAGUCGGAGUGGCGACCCGGUGUGGAGCCGGCGGAAAGCCAUUGGGAAGAGGCCAGCUCCGGUCAGUCCCGGCUUGGCUCCAGCUCCAUCUCCUGUGGAGAGCAACAGCCGCGGUCGCAGUGUCCGCCUCCGCCUCCAUCGUCGUCGGGGGAGGGGCCGCUCGGACCCCGGGGUCACUGCCGAGGAAUGAGGCGAGGCGGCCGGGCCCCGCGCUCCGCCCCGGCCUAGAGCCUUGCCCCGAGAGUCGCGAGGUGCACCAGCCUGUGGAAAAAUCGCAAGACUAUGGCGGGGUUCUGCUCAAAAGCUUGUGGUCAGGGCCUGGAUUUGGAUCUAUGUUCUGCUCACACCCUGCUGCCUGAGAGUACUUGAUGAUCCCAUGACCCUGGACAUGGAUGCUGUCCUGUCGGAUUUUGUUCGUUCCACAGGUGCAGAGCCAGGGCUGGCUCGAGAUCUUCUAGAAGGAAAGAACUGGGAUGUGAGUGCUGCCCUCAGUGAUUUUGAACAGUUGCGUCAAGUCCAUGCUGGGAACCUGUCCCCACCCUUUAGUGGAGGGAGUACUUGCCCUAAGACCCCUGAAAAAGGGGGUUCGGAUAGAGAGCCCACUCGCCCUUCUCGACCCAUCCUUCAGAGACAGGAUGACGUCAUUCAAGAAAAACGCCUGUCUAGGGGCAUCUCCCACGCCAGCUCCAGCAUUGUUUCCCUGGCCCGCUCCCAUGUCUCCUCCAAUGGUGGGGGUGGGGGGAGCAGUGAGCACCCCCUGGAAAUGCCCAUCUGUGCCUUCCAGCUUCCAGAUCUCACUGUGUACAAAGAAGACUUCCGCAGCUUCAUAGAGCGAGACCUCAUUGAGCAGUCCAUGCUGGUUGCCUUGGAACAGGCAGGGCGUCUGAAUUGGUGGGUCAGUGUGGACUCCACCUGCCAGAGGCUGCUCCCUUUAGCAACUACUGGGGAUGGGAACUGCCUCCUGCAUGCAGCAUCUCUUGGGAUGUGGGGUUUCCAUGAUAGAGACUUGGUGCUGAGGAAAGCACUGUAUGCACUGAUGGAGAAGGGGGUGGAGAAGGAAGCACUGAGAAGGCGCUGGAGGUGGCAGCAAACACAGCAGAAUAAAGAGUCAGGGCUGGUGUAUACAGAAGAUGAGUGGCAGAAGGAAUGGAAUGAAUUGAUCAAACUUGCUUCAAGUGAACCCAGAAUGCAUCUGGGUUCCAACGGAGCCAGUGGUGGUGGAGUGGAGAGCUCCGAGGAGCCGGUAUAUGAGAGCCUAGAGGAAUUCCAUGUCUUCGUCCUUGCUCAUGUGCUCAAGAGGCCCAUAGUGGUCGUGGCAGACACCAUGCUGAGGGACUCUGGAGGGGAAGCAUUUGCCCCGAUCCCAUUUGGAGGGAUCUAUCUGCCAUUGGAGGUUCCAGCCAGCCAGUGUCACCGAUCCCCUCUGGUGCUCGCCUAUGAUCAGGCCCACUUCUCUGCGCUUGUGUCGAUGGAGCAGAAGGAGGGUGCCAAGGAACAAGCUGUGAUCCCACUCACAGAUUCAGAGCACAAGCUGCUGCCCCUGCACUUUGCUGUGGACCCAGGAAAGGGCUGGGAGUGGGGCAAAGAUGACAAUGACAAUGUCCGAUUGGCCAGUAUAAUUCUGUCUCUGGAGGUGAAGUUACAUCUGCUGCAUAGCUAUAUGAAUGUGAAGUGGAUCCCACUGUCUUCUGAUUCACAAGCUCCCCUAGCCCAGCCUGAGUCCCCCACAGCCUCAGCUGGAGAUGAACCCAGGUCCACUCCUGAGUCUGGGGAGUCAGAUAAGGAGUCGGUUGGCAGCAGUUCUCUCGGCAACGAGGGCAGCAGGCGGAAGGAGAAGUCAAAGCGUGACCGGGAGAAGGACAAGAAGAGAGCAGAUUCCGUGGCUAACAAACUGGGCAGCUUUGGCAAAACCUUGGGCAGCAAGCUUAAGAAGAACAUGGGGGGCCUGAUGCAUAGCAAGGGCCCCAAGCCUGGAGGGCUGGGGAGUGGGUCUGGAAUAAGCAGUGGUACGGAGACAUUAGAAAAGAAGAAGAAGAACAACACAUUGAAGAGCUGGAAGGGUGGCAAGGAAGAGGCUGCUGGGGACGGGCCUGUGUCUGAGAAGCCCCCGUCUGAGUCUGUUGGCAAUGGCGGGAGCAAGUAUAGCCAGGAGGUGAUGCAAAGCCUGAGCACUCUGAGGAUUGCAAUGCAAGGGGAGGGCAAGUACAUUUUUGUUGGAACCCUGAAGAUGGGCCACCGGCACCAGUAUCAGGAGGAGAUGAUCCAGCGUUACCUUGCAGAUGCUGAGGAGAGAUUCCUGGCAGAGCAGAAGCAGAAGGAGGUUGAGAGGAAGAUCAUGAAUGGAGGGUUAGUUAGUGGGCCUCCUCCAGCCAAAAAGCCAGAGCCGGACGGUGGGGAGGACCAACCCAGUGACUCCCCUGCAGAGUCCAAGGCGAUGGCCUUCUCUACGGCUUACCCUGGGGGCUUUACUAUCCCUCGGCCUUCUGGGGGUGGAGUCCACUGCCAGGAACCCCGGAGGCAGUUGGCAGGGGGGCCAUGUGUAGGGGGCCUUCCAUCAUAUGCCACCUUUCCCAGACAGUAUCCUCCUGGGCGACCAUACCCCCACCAGGACAGCAUCCCAGCUCUGGAGCCAGGCAAAGAUGGAGUUCACAGGGGUGCCUUGUUACCACCCCAGUUCCGUGUGGCUGAUUCCUAUAGCAAUGGCUACAGAGAGCCCCCAGAGCCAGAUGGAUGGGCUGGAGCUCCCCGGGGACUUCCCCCAACCCAGACCAAAUGCAAACAACCGAACUGCAGCUUCUAUGGACACCCUGAGACAAACAACUUGUGCUCUUGCUGUUACAGGGAAGAACUGAGGCGGAGGGAGCGGGAGCGGGAACCUGGUGGGGAACUGCUGGCACACAGGUUCUGAGUGGCUGGAACCUUAGUGGGGACAGGGGCUAAACAAAGAAAGUUAAGCUCAACUCUGGCUCAUCAGGACCCAGCCCCUGUGUUGAUGGGGCAAGUGCAGAGAGGUGUGUGGGGGCUGGAGUGCUGGCAGGCUGGUGGGAGCAGGGCAGGGCUAGCUAGCACUACCCCAGGGCAGUACUGCUCCUGCACACACAGUUGACUUGAGACUUCAAGGCAGAAGGGGGAAGCUCAUAACCUCUUCUGUCCCAAUCCCAGGGCCCAAGGGAAAGUAGGGAAAUACUAGGUGUGUGUGGGUGGGAGGUGGGUGGACACCUUCUGGGAGGAACCUGGAAAGAAAGUUCUCAGUCAGUUAAGGAAAAAAUAGACCAAAGUUCAUUGACUUUAGAAAAAAAGCACAUGGUGGUGUAGUUGGGAGUAUUGAGUGAAUCUGAGAUACCGAACAAAUUUGAUUUUGGUUUGAAUUAGGUAGAUAUUAGGGUUGGAUAAAUUCUUCCUGAAGGAUCAAGGCAGUAAUGUAUGUGCUUGGCCUGGUUACACACAAAGGGUAGUUUACAUCCCAGUGAAUGGAAAUGGAAAGAGGAGCUUGAAGGGCGUUCUUUCCUAGAAAGUUUAUGUUCUUCUAGAGACUCAUCUGUCAUCAUUCUAGUUUUAGGGGAGACUGCCUGCUGCCCCACCUUUUCCUCAUCCUUUUUAAGGAUUGAGCUCAGCUAAGUUAAGAUGUGAUUUUUUUUAAAAUAUUUUUUUAUUUUAAAAGCAAGUUCCCUUUGGGAAAGAGAAGAGUGGUAAGAAGCGACCUUGUAUAUGGGGUUUCUUCAGGUGAACGGGUGCAGAGUGAUCUAUUUUUUAACUACUUAGCAAUAACUACAUGUGGGUUUGAGUGCACCUGAGAAGGGGUGGAGGAGCCCAGAUGUUUGGCUAGACUGUUUGAAACAAUACCAAAAACCUCUAUAGAGCACUAUCCUCUGCUGCUGUGUUUCUGUAGAAAGCAACCUAUUUUACUAAUUUUUUAAAGAAAGACACGACCCUGACAAAGAGCAUUUAAAAGUUACUGACUCCGCCCCUAGCUAAGAGGUUUUUUUCUCCUUCCUGUCACUUCUGGGGAAUGAACUUAACAUCCUGGCUUCUUUUGUUAAGCCAUAGCUGACCUUAAUCUGUGGUUAGUUUAUUAAAAUAAUAAAAAAUACUUUGUAAGAAAAAUUAUUUUUGAUAUUAGGGCUGGUGUUGAAGCAUGGGAUGGGGGCUAGGGGCCACUUUGAAAGGUAGCUAGAGAACUCUAUUUUAGUGAGCAGUGCCGUGGGCCACACGGUCCCAGUGAUCUGACCUGCCUUUGGGUAUCUCCCUUUUCCUGAGCCAGCCCUGGUCUCCAGAGGGGUAGGGCUGGACCCAGUGGUGAGAGCUCCCUUGCAAUUUGCACAAAGCACAAGUCUGGACAGCUUAUGCUCUGACCAGAGCUGUUUCUAAGAGCUUUAAACCCCAAGACUAUCCCACGCCAAUUGUCCUUUCUCCUUAUUUUUUUUCCUGGGGAAAAAUCAUCUAUGCAAUUGUAUAUACACUUGUGGAUGCGAAUGAAGAAGGCUAUGAGUGCACUGCACAUGUCCAGAGUGUUACCCGGGGCUGUUUCUAGGCUCUAAUUUCUCUGCUGAGGUAUGUCCUCACCCACUAAUGGAAUGUAAUCCCCAAAUUUGAUUUAAGUCACAAAUAGCUAGAUGUGCAUGUUUGUGCGUGUGUGAGUUGGGACUCCAAUGCAUGUUUCCUCUGCCUAGUCAGAAAAAUGAUCACACAGCUCUCUUUGGUAACAAUGCUAGUCAAGACUUCUUUAUGGAAUUAUUAAGUUUAAGAAGUUGUCCCCCAUCCCCUCAGAAAGUUUGAAAGUCACUCACUUCCAAGUCUUCCAAUCUGUUGAUUUAAUAAUUUCCCAUCAUCAUUUUUUGACUAUUUUUUGUUUGUAUCUUUGCUAUGUAGCCCUGGCUAGCCAGUCUGGUACUUGCUAUAUAACCCAGGUUAGCCUCCAACUCAUAGCAACCCUCCUGCCUCAGUCUUCUGAGUGCUGAUAUCUAGGCAUGAACCACCACACCCAGCUUUCUACUGGCUGAAACCUAGUAUGAGAUAAGCAUUUCUGGCAGGUGCAUAAUUUAAAGAUCUACUAGGAAAUUGAGGGUUAUUUUUGUUUUGUUUUUAGAUAGGAUCCUAUCCUGUAGCCCAGGCUGGCCUUAAAUGUAUAUGAUCUUGCUUCAAAUUUGCCAAGUUCUGGGAUCACAUCAUACCAGACAUUUUUUUAAAUUUCAGUAUAUAAGCAUUAAAAACCCAGAUUGAACAAAACAUCAAAAUCUUAGGAUGUAUCAGGAAUGGUAUUAAGGUGAAAGAGGUAAGAGCCCUUAAUUGAACAAAUAUGAGGACAAAUCCUGUCUACUUAAAUUGUGAUAUGCUCAUAAAGAUGUUUUUACAUUUUUAAAUUUUUAUUUUCUUUAAAUACUGCAUCAAGAUAGUAUUUAUCUUGAUUGGUGAGUUUUAAGCACUCCUUCAGUUGUCUCCCAGUGAGUGGUGGGUGAAUGCCUCGUGCCUUGCUAGCAUCACCUUAGACUUGUCCCAGUUUCUGAAGCUUGAAUAAUGCAGGUGAAACCUUCACCGUGAGCCCCUCUUCCUGACUGCAGUCACCCUGUGUGCACUGCUGGUUGCAGUCACCCUGUGUGCACUUCUGUCAUCCUUCUCCCACAACAUACUUAGGAUGCCUACCUGCCUGGGUGGGAAUGCAAACAGCCAAGCAGGGGUUUUCCUGUAGAAUCAAACCCGGGAAUUCCAUUUCCUUUGGGCUGCUGUGUUUGGACUUGAUCUGUUAUUAGAUUGUAUUUAACACUCCUGUUUUUAAAAACUGAGGACAAAUGAAGAGAAUCAGAAAACUUGUAUCAUGUUGUUUUUAUUUAUAUAGUACCCAAUCUUAGUUCUGCUUGCCUUUCUGAAGAGAAAAUAAAAAAGUUCCAGGGAGAGGGAAGAGAGGUCUAAGGUCAUGUGGGAAAUGGGUAUUGGGUCUUUUAACUUUUUGUUAAAUUAGUUUUAAUACGGAGGGUGACCAUUGAGGCAUCAAUUUUAAAGAUGAGGGACUCUGAGACAACAUUUAUUUAUUUUUUAAUGAGGGCUGGUGAGAUUUUUAUUCUGUGUUUUUUAGGGUGGAGGAGGGCUUGAGUAGGGGUGGAGUUAAGAAAUGUCUGGGAAACAAAACAAAGAUGGACUUGUUCAGAAUAAGCAAGCCCAUGUAGAUACUGUGGUGGGGAGAAGGGAGGGUUGUGUGGGGAGCAUCCACGUGAGUAAACCUUCCUUAUUUACAAGGGUCCUGUGUGUGAUGGGGGUGGGGGUCCUAGACGAGGUAAGUCCUCAUCUCUCAGGCUUACAUUAAGUGCAAUUACUCUAUAAUCCAGGGCAUCUGGGGUCCUACUAAAGUUUUAACGGAGAGAGAUCUUCAGGGUUCUUAUUUCCCUCCUUUCCACUUGACAAGAUUACACUCUCUCCGCCCUGCAUCCUCUGUACCAUCCCCAACUUAAAGCAAGUACACCAGAGGACUCACCUCCAAACCCUUUAACUCACGCUGGCUUAACUGAGAAUUGAAGCCGAGCAGUGGUGGCGCACACCUUUAAUCCCAGCACUUGGCAAGCGGAUUUCUG